UGGGGGGGAGGGAAGCAACAAGGGUGGUGGGGAUGGAGAGGGGGAAGGUGGGGAAGAGAGAGAAGGGAAAGGAGCCGGAGAAAGGGAAAAUUCGGGGAAAAGGAAGGGAGGAGAAAGGUAAAAAGGAGGUGGAGAAGGAGAGAAUUAAAGAAAAAGAAAAGGGGAAGGAGGAGAAAAGUAAGAGUGAAGAGGAGGAAAAGAGGAAAGGGCGGGAGACGGAGAAAGAGAAGGAGCAACUUAAGGAAAAAGAAGAGAAAGAGAAGGACAACAGCACGCUGAUAAAGCUCCCGCUGGAGCCGCUGGAGAAAAAUAAGCAGAUCCUAGUGCUGGGCCUGGAUGGAGCAGGAAAGACCAGUGUUCUCCGCUCCCUAGCUUUAAACAGAGUCCAGCACAGCGUGGCCCCAACCCAAGGUUUCAAUGCAGUGUGCAUCAGCACUGAAGACAGCCAGUUGGAGUUCCUGGAGAUUGGUGGCAGUGAACCUUUCCGUUCCUAUUGGGAAAUGUACCUGUCCAAGGGAUUGCUGCUAAUCUUUGUGGUGGAUUCAGCAGAUCACAACAGAUUACCUGAAGCCAAGAAACACCUUCAUCAACUAAUUGGGACAAAUCCAAUCCUUCCUCUGGUUGUGUUUGCAAACAAACAGGAUCUUGAAGCAGCCUAUCACAUUACAGAUAUCCAUGAAGCUUUGGCAUUAUCUGAGGUGGGAAAUGACAGGAAGAUGUUCUUGUUCGGAACCCAGGACUUCUAGUUUCCAGUCCAGCAUGUAAGAAGCUUGGAAGCCACCACUGCAUUCCAACAAGUAAAAAGCUAAACAGACUGAAAAAUCAACAUUGGAGAGACCAACAGGAGAAUACAGAGAAUAGCAAUUUACCAGAGCAGAGAUUCAUAAUGGGAAACUCCCCAUGGGAACCAGUGCCAGGGAGAAAAACCAGAACCGUGAUUGAUGAAUUGCUGGUUGCUCAAAGUGCACUACUCUGAAGUUUAAAAACUCUAGGGGAUGGGCUUCCUAGGUGGCGAAGUGGUUAAGAAUCCACCUGCCAAUGCGGGGGACAUGGAUUCGAUCCCUGCUCCAGGAAGAUCCCACGUGCUAUGGAGCAACUAAGCCCGUGCACCACAACUAUUGAGCCCAUGUGCUGCAAUUACUGAAGCCCACGCGCCUAGAGCCCAUGCUCCACAACAAGAAAAGCCACAGCAAUGAGGAGCCCGUGCACCACAAUGAAGAGUAGCCCCCACUCACCGCAACUAAAAGAAAGCCCGCGAACAGCAAAAAAGACCCAACACAGCCAAUAAAAUUAAAACAAACAAACAAACAAACAAACUCUAGGGGAACCCAGUCAUAGGAGGGCCCCUCAGUUAUUUGAGAUUUACCUCCAGGACCUUGACCACAUUCCCACAAUAAAUAUUGGAGAGAAAUCCCCUGCUGCCUCCAAGAGAGGGAAAAAAAAAACAUUUGGAAAUAUGUCAGAGCACUCUGUCCUUCCCAACAAGGCUUGCUCUCAGGGGAAACUAGUUAACCAGAAUCUAGCCUGCUGGGGUAUUAACAAAGCCUAACUGAACUGGGAGAAGGGAAAUACCCAACUCCAGCCCACUCUAGACAUUCUGUUCCACCUAAAAGGGCAGAAAACUAAGACUUAAGUUUGCAGUCCAGAGGUACCAAGUCUCUAAAAGACUGACACCUAAUCACAGGACUAUAGAACAUUCUCCCUCCCCUCACACCUCACCACCACAUUACUAAAGGCCUGUUUAGGGCAGUUCCUUUUACCCAGUACAUCAUGCCUGGCUAUGAAGGAAAACUACAAGACAUACUAAAAGGCAAAAAAUACAGAAGAGAUACAGCAAGCACUGUACAGAAAUGAAAAAUGUGUUUGAUGGGCUUGUUAAAAGACCAGACACAGCUGAGGAAAGAAUCUCUGAGUUUGAGGAUAUCUCAAUAGAAACCUCCAAAACUGAAAAUCUAAGAGAACAAAGACUAGGAAGAAUAGAACAAUAUGCAAGGACUGCGGGACAACUACAAAAGUUCCAACAUGUGUGUAAUGGGAAACCAGAAAGAGAGAAGAGAAAGGAACAGAAUAAAUAUCUGAAACAAUGACUGAGAACUUCUCCAAAUUAAUGUCAGACACCAAACUACAAUCCCAGAAGCUCAGAGAACACCAAGCACAAAUGCAAAAAAAACCAAAACCAAAACAAACACUAUACAUAGUUAUAUUACUUUUAAGCUGCAGAAAAUGAAAGAUGAAGAAAAAAUCCAGAAAGAGGCCAGAGGAAAAAACAUCUUACCUAUUGGACGAUCAAAGAUAAGAGGUACAUUAGACUUCUCAGAAACUAUGCAAACAGGAAAAGAGUGGAGUAAAACAUUCAUAGUGUUGAGAGAAAAAAACCCAUUCUGUACCCUGUGAAAUCCUUCAAAAGUGAAGAAGAAAGAAUUUCUUAGACAAAAAUUGGGGGAACUUUUGCCAGUACUUCUGCUUUGCAAGAAAUGUUAAAAGGAAGUUCUUUAGAGAGAAGGAAAAUGAUAUAGGUCAGAAAUUUGGACCUACAUAAAGAAAGGAAGGACACUGGGAAAGGAAUAAGUUAAGGUAAAAUUAAAACUUUUAUUUGUCUUAUUCUUAAUCUAACAGACUACAGUUUCUCCAAAAUUAUAAUAGCAACAUUAUAUUUGUGUAUGCUUAUAUGUGUGUAUAAAUGUUAUGACAGCAAUGAUACACGGGAUAAGAGGGAGGAAUUUGGAUUAUUUAGUUAUUAUAAAGUAUUCACACAACCUAUGAGGUGGUAUAGUGUUAUUUGAAAGUAGACUUGGAUUUGUUAACAUAUAUUGCAAACUCUAGGAUAACCCCUAAGAAAAUAAAAGAAGUUAUAACUGAUAGGCCAAGAAAAGAGAGAAGAUGCAAUCAAAUAAAAUGCUCAAUUAAAACCACAAAAAGAAAAAGAGUGGAAGACAAAAAGAAAAACAAAGAACAACAAAUGGAAAACAGUAAAAAUAUGGUAGCUGUUAAUCCAACUAAAUCAGUAAUCACUUUGAAGGUCAGUGGUCUAAAUGCACCAAUUAAAAGACAGAAAUUGUCAGAGUGGAUUAAAAAAAAAAGAUCCAGAAACUCACUUCUUGCCUAUAAGAAACUCACUUUAAAUAUAAAGAGACAUAUAGAUUAAAAUUAAGUGAAUGGAGAAAGAUAUAACACUAAUCAAAGGAAAGCAGGAAAAAAAAAUUUUUUUUAAUAUUUUAAAAAAAGAAAGCAGGAGCAGCUAUGUUAAUUUCAGACAGCGAAAACUUCAGAGUAAUGAAAGUUAUCAAGGAGAAAGAGGAAAUUAUACCUAAAACACAAGGAACAAAAUAAAAAAUAAAGUAGGACUACAUUAAUGAAGUAGGACGACAUCAAACUAAAAAGCUCUACACAGCAAAAGAAACCAUCAACAAAAAGAGAAAACAACCAAUGGAAUGGGAAAAGUAUUUGCAAACCAUGUGUCUGAUAAGGGGUUAAUAUUCAAAAUAUAUAAUGAACUCAUACAACCCAAUAGCAGAAAAAAUAAAAUAAGAAAUGGACAAAGGACCCAAACAGACAUUUUUUCCAAAGGAGAUCUAUAAAUGGCCAACAAGUACAUGAAAGUACUCAAUAUCACUUAACUUUAGGGAAAUGCCAAUUAAACAAUGAAAUAUUCCCUCAAGCCUGUUAGAAUGGCCAUCAUCAAAAAGACAAGAUAACAAAUACUGGCUUGGAUGUAGAGAAAAGGGAAUUUUUGGUACCGUUGGUGGGAUUGUAAAUUGGUACAGCCACUGUGGAAAACAGUAUGGAGGUUCCUCAAAAAUUAAAAAUAGAACUAUCAUAUAAUCCGGCAAUUCCACUUCUGAGAAUAUAUCCAAAGGAAAUGAAAACACUACCUCAAAAAGAUAUCUGCACUGCCAUAUUCCUAGCAGCAUUAUCUACAAUAGCAAACGGGACUUCCCUGGUGGUGCAGUGGUUAAAAACCUGCCUGCCAAUGUAGGGGACAUGGGUUCCAUCCCUGGUCUGGGAAGAUCCCACAUGUCUCAGAGCAACUAAGCCUGUGCUCUAGAGCCCAUGAGCCACAGCUACUGAAGCUCAUGUGCCUAGAGCCCAUGAGCCACAGCAAGAGAAGCACCACAAUGAGAAGCCCAUGCACCACAAAGAAGAGUAGCCCCCGCUUGCAGGAACUAGAGAAAGCCCGCGGCAAUGAAGACCCAACACAGGCAGUAAGUAAAUAAAUAAAUAAAUUUUUUAAAAAGCAAAACAACAAAAAACAAUAGCAAAGACAUCGAAACAACCUAAGUGUCCAUUGAUAGGUGAAUGGAGUGUCCAUCGAUAGGUGAAUGGAUAAAAGAAUGUGUAAUGUAUAUAUACGUAUGUACAUGCAUACACACAUGCAUACAAUGGAAUAUUAUUCGGCCAUAAAAACCAAGGAAAUCCUAUCAUUUGCAAUAACAUGGAUGGACCCUGAAGGCAUUAUGCUAAGCAGAGAAGGACAAAUACUAUAUGAUCUCACUGAUAUGUGGAAUUUAAACAAAACAAACACCAAACAGAAAAAGAAAUAAGAUGUGUGGUUACAUGGAUGGGGACAGGGGAUGGUUAGAGGAAGGUGGUCAAAAGAUACCAACUUCCAGUUAUAAAAUAAAUAAGUACCAGGAAUGGAACCUACAACAUGAUGACUAUAGUUAACACUGCUGUAUGCAUUACAGGAAAGUUGUCAAGAGAGUAAGUAGAUCCUAAGAAUUUUCAUUACAAGGAGAAAUUUUCUUUUAAUUGUAACAAUAUGAGAGGAGGGAUAUUAACUAAACCUAUUGUGGUAAUCAUUUCACAGUACAUGUGAAUCACACCAUCAUGCUGUACAUGUUAAACUUAUACAGGAAUGUAUGUCAAUUAUUUCUCAAUAAA